GAACAGCCUCUCGGGCUGCUUGGCAACACACAGCAUGAAUCCAAGUGAAACACGUUCAGUGUACCAGGAGAUUUUGAUGGGACACUUGGAUCAGUCCAGCUCGACACCAGCAGCUCACGUCGCCUGCAGGCCGAGAACACAACUAAAUGUUCGGGGACUUACUUCCAGGAGCGCGAUGAGCCUUUCCACAUAGACUUUAUUCAUCUCAUGAGCUCAGAUGGGACGUUCGGAUGGUGCAAACAUCAGGUGCAUGAGGACUGAAGAGGAGAACAUGUAACAAAGGAGGACACGAGCUGGAUGAUGGACAGGUUUCUGUAGGUUCUUCAGUUCGGAUCAGAACUCUGUGUGGAUCUUCUCUAGUUCAAGAUGAGCUGUUUCUGUUCAGUCCAAGAGGAGUUUUACUGUGAGGUUCUGCUCCUGGAUGAGUCCAAGCUGAUUUUAACCACCCACCAGCAGGGAAUAAAGAAAUCAACCAAGGGUUCUGUAGUGCUGGACUAUGUUUUCAGUCAUCUGAACCUCGCUGAAACCGAGUAUUUCGGGCUUCGCUAUUGUGACCACAGCCAUCAAACGUAUUGGCUCGAUCCCUCAAAAACACUCGCUGAACAUAAAGAUUUGAUAACAACUGGACCUCCGUUCACGCUCUACUUUGGGGUGAAAUUUUACGCUGAAGAUCCCUGUAAACUGAAAGAAGAAAUUACUAGGUAUGAGUUCUUCCUGCAGGUAAAGCAGGACGUCCUGCAGGGGAGACUGCCCUGUCCAUUAAACAUCAGCACACAGCUGGGAGCGCUUGCUAUUCAAUCUGAGCUCGGAGAUUACGACCCUUACAAGCACACACCAGGUUACGUGUCUGAAUAUCGCUUUGUCCCCGACCAGAAAGAGGAACUAGAGGACAGCAUCGAACAGAUUCAUAAAACGCUUGUGGGUCAGGUGCCUGCCGAGGCCGAAAACAAUUACUUAGCAAUUGCCAAAACACUAGAAAUGUACGGCGUGGAUCUGCACCCUGUGUUUGGAGAAAAGCAGUCUGAGUAUUUCCUGGGCCUGACGCCUGUCGGAGUCGUGGUUUACAAAAAUAAAACGCAAGUGGGGAAAUAUUUCUGGCCAAGAAUUACAAAAGUGUAUUUCAAGGAAACCCAGUUUGAGCUGCGGGUUAUGGGCAGAGAUUGUAAUGAGACGUCGUUCUUCUUUGACGCUCCCAGUAAGACGGCCUGCAAGAACCUGUGGAAGUGCUGCGUGGAGCAUCACACCUUCUUCAGAAUGCCAGAGAAUGAGUCUAAUUCACUAACAAGGAAACUGUCCAAAUUCAGCUCUCUGGGCUCGAAGCAUCGCUACAGUGGAAAGACUACGAUGCAGAUUGGACGAGAGCAGUCUGUGACUCUACCGCGACCCGACCUACAGGUGAUCCGAACCCACAGCAAGACCUACCCGAAGAGAAGCACACAGUCUGCAGGGCGGAGCAACGGAGGCCAGUCGGUCACCAAGAUGGAGAAUGCGACCGAAGGCCAGUCCAAAAGCACUGCACUUACACCGGUCAAGAGUCCCAAAGCAAAGACAGACAGCACUUCAGAGGCGCAGAACAAGCCCAGUGCACCAUGGGAGGAAGACCCCUCACAAAGCGGUCUGUACAACUCGGCCAGCGAGCGGAACAAAUCUCCCAAAUUCCCCAAAGCUCACAGACGUUCACCCUCAGGAGGCAGCGAGAACGAGACGUCUCACUCGGCCCGCCGCAGGAGAGCUCCAACCACUGACGACCCGCAGGCCAACAAACAGUACAGGAGGAGAUCACACUCCCCCGGAAAAAACACCAGCAGCAGCAAAUAAUACAAUAACAACAACAAACAACAUAAAAAAAAAAGAAACCGGUCCCGUCAGGAGAAUGAGAUGGUUGAUUCUGGUCCGCAGUGGGAAGUUGUGCUGCGCAGACAGAAAGAAAAAAACCCCAGCGAUCCCAACCAUCGGCGCUCGCGACACCGCUCACGAUCACGAAGUCCUGACGUCCAAGCGAAAGAGCAGCUCUGGAAGCACAUCCAAAAGGAGCUGGUCGAUCCCUCAGGUCUCUCUGAGGAGCAACUAAAGGAGAUUCCGUACAAGAAAGUGGAAACACAAGGUGACCCGAUCAAGAUCCGCCAUUCACAUUCUCCCAGGAGCUUCCGGCAGUAUCGACGCUCCCACUGUUCGGAUGGUGAGCGGUCAGUGCUCUCCGAGGUCAACUCUCGGACCGAUCUGGUGCCUCCUCUCCCGGUUACACGCACCGCAGAUGUGCCCGGUUCCAGCUUGACCCCUGCACAGAAGUGCUCCAAAGACACUCUCUCAGAGAGCUCCGAGCAGGAGGCAAAAAGCACCGCCAAGGUGGUGAAGACCGUACACACAUCUCGAGUGAAAACAGAGACGUGACCGUGUCAAGGACGAACGGCAGGGUUGCCAGUGAAAUGAAAAGUCAAGCUCUGGUGGAGAUGGAAACACUGAAAAAAACCAAAUACUCAGA